AUGCAGGUAGUCUCCAUCGACGACUUCAUCCAUCAAUCCUUUGACUUCCUCGUCAUCGGCGGUGGAACUGCCGGUCUAGUUGUUGCAUCUCGUCUGGCUCAAGAUGGAAACUUCACUGUUGGAGUCCUUGAAGCUGGAGGAAUAGCCAACGGGCGUGACGAUGUCGAGAUCCCAGGCUACGCUGGGAUAUCGCUGGGCACUGAGAUUGACUGGAAAUUCAAAACAGCACCACAGGCUCGUCUUGGGGGAAAGGCGAUCAGUUGGCCACGAGGGAAAGCCCUCGGUGGAUCGGGUGCUAUCAACUUUAUGACAUGGAUGAGAGGUGCCAGAGAGGACUAUGAUGCGUGGGAGGCGCUAGGCAAUCCCGGAUGGGGAUGGGAUAACUUGCUCCCCUAUUUCAAAAAGUCGGAAACGUUUCAUCCACCUAGCGAUUCUAUACGGGUUCAAGAGGACCUUCGAUAUGACAUUGAAGCCUUCGGGAACUCGGGGCCGAUUCAUAUCUCUUAUGCCGAAGAAUUUCAACCAUCUAAUCAGGUGUAUUUCAAGACGCUCAACUCGGUGGGCGUGCCAACAAACUCGGCUCAUUUUGCGGGAUCGAAUGUCGGGAGGUGGACAAACAUCAACAACAUCGACCCUCGCACCACGACUCGAUCCUUUGCGACCAACUAUUGUUCCUUGGCUGGUUCCAACCUUCACAUCUUGACUGAAGCCAUCGUUCAAGAUGUUGUCCUUGACAAGGUUGACAACGCAUAUAGGGCCUCUGGAGUUCGAUUCGUCUAUAAAGGCCAAGAGCACGUUGUCUCAGCAUCUCGCGAAGUCAUCUUGUCCGCUGGAAGCCUCCAGUCACCGCAGAUACUAGAGCUAUCAGGCAUAGGCAACCCCGAGGUAUUGUCCCAAGCCGGCAUUGAUGUCAAAGUGGAUAGUCCCAUGGUAGGGGAAAACCUACAGGAGCACAAAGACAUCCAUAUGGUCGUGGAAGUUGACCCAGAGCUUGAGAGUCGUGAUGAUCUCUUCUUUGACGCCAAUUACGCGGCAGCAGCUCGAGCACAGUACGAUCGGGACCAAACUGGCCCUCUCACCCGCCUUCCCUCCGCUUACAGCUAUGUGCCUCUUGCCACUUUCAUGCCGCAAGAUACCUUGGAGAGGUUAUAUUCUCAGGCCAAGGAUCUAACCGGGUUUCCACCAGAAAAGAAAGCUAUCAUGCAACAGCGUCUGAAGGACACUGAGAUUGGCCAGGUGGAAUUUGUCUUUUUUCUUGGCGCUGCACCCAUGGCAGAGGCUGGAAAGAAGUUUGGCAGUUUGUAUCAAUAUCUCCAAUAUCCUUUCUCUGUUGGCUCAGUCCACAUUCAGCCAGCACCCUCUGAGAAAGAUGAUCCUGUGCUUGAUCCCAGGCAUUAUGAAGGCCCCCACGGUGAGAUAGAUCUCGACAUCAUGCUGGAAUCGGCCCGCUUUGCUCGCAAAAUAUUGCUUGCGCCCUCUUUCAACAAGAUUGUGAGACAAUGGGCAUACCCCCCCGCCAGUUUAUUCACAGACGACGAGGAUGUCAAGGCGUGGAUCCUUGACAGCACCGCUAUGACAUACCAUCCUAUUGGCACAUGCGCCAUGGGCGGCCAGGCAGGCAUCGGAGGAGGAGUCGUGGACGAGAGGCUCAAGGUAUAUGGAGUCAAGGGUCUGCGAGUUGUGGAUGCGAGCGUCAUGCCGCUUCAUAUCAGUGCACACAUACAGGCGACUGUGUAUGCCAUUGCGGAAAAGGGAGCAUCUAUGAUCCUUGAAGAUGCGGCAAAAUACUAG